AUGUUGGCCAGCAUUUCAAGGUGCGGCCAGCCCGCGGCCGCGGCGCGCGCGCCGUGCCCCAGCAUCCUGGGCAUCGACGCCGCAGAGGUGCUCCGCCAGGUCCAGGCCGAGGCCCCGCCGCCCGAUCAGGCCGAGGCCGAGAGCCCCGGGAGCGACAGUGCCCCCUCCGAGGACAACAUGUCGCACGCCGAGCUCGUCAGGGUCGGCGCCAUGCUGAGGCACAAGCGCAGGCACCGCCGCAGGAACGCGAGGAGCCGCGCGGGCGCGCGCCAGAGCGCGGAUGGCGGAGGGCGCGGGGACGCAGGCCGGCAGCGGGCCAGGCCCCGCGACUCCCGCGCUGCCGCGCGCUGCCGCAGGCGCGGGAACCCCGACCGCGCAACGCCCUCCCCGACGACGGCGGAGUCACCGUCCUCGCCGAGUCGCCGGGCCGAGCUCCUCAAGAUGGUGGCGUUCGGCCAGACGACGUACGUCCGGCGCGGCGGCACGGCCGCCCCGGCGCGGCCGCCGUCGGGCCUCCGCCUCGGCGCCGCCGUCCGCGACGCUGGAGGGCGCGCUACGUUCCACGACGCGCCGCCCAGCGCCGGGGGGUGGAGUUCAGUCCCGCAGCACGGCGUCAACGGCAGCGCCGCUGCUGCUGCGGCCUUCGUGGUGCUGGGGCCCCAGAAGGACCGGUUCUCCUGCGCGCAGGGCGCGCCCGCGGUGGCAGCGGGGGCGCCGAAGGAGGACGGGAACAGGCGCCGCCCGCCGUCGAGCGGCCCGCGCGGCGGCGAGGACGCGUGA